AGCGCGCAGGCGCGAAGGUCUCGGGUUCGCAUCGCUUCCGGUUGGGCCCCCGGCCCGGCACGGGAGAGCGGUUUCCUUCGGUGCACCCGGUGUAGCCUGCCUCAGGGGCGGUAUGGAGAAGCUCAGGCGGGUGCUGACCGGGCAGGACGAUGAGGAGCAGGGACUAACGGCGCAGGUCCUUGAUGCAACAACACUCAGCACUGGUACUCGAAUCAGAUGGUUUGCCAUAUGUUUUGUUGCUGGCAUCGUGUGUUCUUUUCUUGGAACAGCAUUGCUAUGGCUCCCAAAGGGGAUCAAACUUUUUGCUGUGUUUUACACCCUGGGAAACAUUGCUGCAUUAGCCAGUACGUGUUUCCUGAUGGGGCCACUGAAGCAAUUGAAAGCAAUGUUUGAUCCCAAAAGACUAAUAGCUACGGUUGUGAUGUUGCUUUGCCUAAUACUGACCCUGUGUGCUGUAUUCUGGUGGAGCAAAAAAGGUUUGGCAAUGUUAUUCUGCAUAUUGCAGUUCUUGGCAAUGACCUGGUACAGUCUGUCGUAUAUUCCUUUUGCAAGGGAUGCUGUGAUUAAAUGCUUCUCAUCCUGCCUAGCGUAAAUUAAAACCAGAAAUCAAUGUCCACUUUAAAAGGCAACUUUUAUUCCUCUGUGAACUUUGCUCUGAAAACUCUACUUUUCUAUUCAUGAAAUGCCCAGUAACAAUUUAGUAUGUUCCUUGCCCUCUGCAUUUGGGGGAUUAAGUAAUUUUUACUGGAAGCAGUUGAAAAAUAAACUGAGCAAACUGUUUGUGUUUACCA